AAGUCGAAAACUAAAGGCGGCGAAGGCGUCUCUGUGGCACCGAGCGGCGGUUCCCUCGACCAGCCCCUGCGGCCUGGUUCCCCGGCCCGGCCCGGCCUUCCCCGCCGGGUGUCGUCGGCGGUCCGGUGGCGGACAGUCCCCGCAGAAAGUAAUCUUACGUAGAAGACUGGUCAGAAUGGUUUCCAAAAGAAGACUGUCCAAACUUGAGGAUAAAGAGAACUUGACAGAAGACGCUGCCACUGGAAGGCAGCCACUUUCCAAAAGGGCAAAGAAAUCGCGCAUUCACAAUGAAGUUGAAGAACAUGACAGUGUCUUUGUAAAGCUUCUUAAGACAUCAGGACUGAGUCUGAGAACUGGAGAAAGUCAGAAUCAACUAGCUGUGGAUCAGAUCAUUUUCCAGAAGAAGCUCUUUCAGGCUCUGCGGAAACACCCUUCUUAUCCCACGGUAAUAGAAGAAUUUGUUAGUGGCCUGGAGUCUUACAUUGAGGACAAAGACAGUUUCAGGAAUUGCCUUUUGUCUUGUGAACGCUUACAGGAUGAAGAAGCCAGUGUGAACACAUCUUACUCAAAGAGCCUCAUUAAGUUGCUUCUGGGGAUUGACAUUCUACAGCCAGCCGUUAUCAAAACCUUAUUUGAAAAAUUGCCAGAAUUUUUUUAUGAAAAAAACAGUGACGGAAUCAACCUGGCUCGGCUGAUCAUCAGUCAGCUGAAGUGGCUGGACAGAGUGGUGGACGGCAAGGAUCUCACCGCCAAGAUCUUGCAGCUGAUCAGCAUUGCCCCCGAGCACCUGCAGCACGACUUGAUCACCAGCUUACCUGAGAUCCUUGGCGAUUCCCAGCAUGCUGACGUGGGGAAAGAGCUCAGUGAUCUUCUCACAGAGAAUAUUCUGCUCACUGUCCCAAUCUUGGAUGUCCUUUCCAGUCUCCAGCUUGACUCGAAACUCCUGGCUAAGGUCCGGCAGAUGGUGAUGAGUAAGCUGUCGUCUGUCAGGCUGGAAGAUCUCCCCGUGACGAUCAAGUUUAUUCUUCAUUCCAUCACAGCCGCAGAUGCAGUGGAGGUGAUUUCUGAGCUCCGGAAUAGGUUGGAUCUGCAGCAUUUUCUUUUGCCAUCAAAGAUGCUGGCUUCGCAGAGCAGGUGGAAAAAGAAACAACAAAUAAGUUCUUCAGGGAUUCAAGACAGCGAUCAAGGCUGUGUUAUUCUCUUCUUUGAUAUAGUCAAGUCAGCUGUUAAAUAUGAGAAAAUCAUCUCAGGAGCCUGGAUUAAGGCAAUUGAAAUGAUAACCUCUGAGCCCGAACACAAGACUUUUGACCUGGCAAUGCUCUUCAUCAUCUAUAGCACCAACACGCAGACAAAAAAGCAGAUUGAGAAGGUGCUAAGAAAUAAGAUUCGAUCAGGCCUCGUUCAAGACCAGCUGCUGGAGGGCACAUUCAUUACUCACCACUCAGUUCUGAAGGAUAUCUGCCCAUCCAUCCUCUCACUGGCUCAGAGUUUCUUGCAUUCUCUAGACCAGAGUGUCAUUGCUUUUGGCAGUCUUCUGUACAAAUAUGCAUUUAAAUUUUUUGAUAAUUACUGCCAGCAGGAGGUGGUUUGUGCCCUUGUGACCCAUGUCUGCAGUGGGUAUGAGGCUGAAGUCGACAUUGCUCUGGAUGUCCUCCUAGAUCUGGCCGUCCUCAACCUCUCUGCCAUGAGGCUGUAUGCUGUCUUUGUGAAGGGCAUUUUAGAUUAUCUAGAUAACAUUUCACCUCCGCAAAUACGGAAGCUCUUCUGUGUUCUCAGUACACUGGCGUUUAGCAGACCACAUGAAGCCAACAGUCACAUCCAGGAUGACUUGCACUUGGUGGUCCGAAAGCAGCUAUCAAGCACCAUCUUCAAGUACAAACUCAUUGGGAUUAUUGGUGCCGUCACCAUGGCUGGCAUCAUGGCAGCAGACAGAAGUACACAGUCUGGUUCCACUCAAGGGGAAGGGGAUCUGAGCAGUGAGCAGUGCACACAGGUGACCUCCUUGUUGCAGCUGGCUCAUUCCUGCAGUGAACACUCUCCCCAGGCCUCCGCGCUUUAUUAUGACGAGUUUGCCAAUCUGCUCCAACGAGGAAGGCUGGCCCCCAAGGCCCUGGAGUGGAUCGGAGAGAGCAUCCUUAAUGAUUUCCAAGACGCCUUUGUGGUGGACGUCUGUGCUCUUCCAGAAGGUAACUACCCAUUUCCUGUGAAAGCUCUUUACGGAUUGGAAGAAGAUAAUAGUCGUGACGGGAUCGCCAUCAACCUCCUGCCGCUGUUAUUCACUCAGGACAGUGCAAGAGAUGGGGGCGGAUCGGCUUCGCAAGGUCCAGAGCAAAAAUUGCUGGCUCCAUCGUGCCUGGCUCCCUACUUCCGGUUACUGAGACUUUGUGUGGAAAGACAGUAUGACGGAAGCUUGGAGGAGAUUGAUGGCUUAUUAGACUGCCCUAUUUUCCUCACUGACCUGGAGCCUGGAGAGGGGCUGGAGUCCAUGUCUGUUACACAGCGUUCGAUGAUGUGUUCACUCAUAUUUCUUACACUCAACUGGUUCCGAGAGGUUGUAAACGCCUUCUGCCAGCAAACAGCUCCUGAGAUGAAGGGGAGAGUUCUCACCAGGCUGAAGCACAUUGUGGAGCUGCAGGCCAUCUUGGAGAAGUACUUGGCAGUCAACCCGGACUAUGUUCCUCCCUUUGCCAACUUUGACUUGGAGACUUUUGAUGUAGCACCUCAUACCGGCACUGCUGCCUCAGCAAAAAUGAGAAAACAAGGGAAGAUAGGAGGAAGAAAGCGAAAAGCAGAUGGCAGCAAAGCGCGCUCCUCUGACACACUUUCCAGGGACGAUGGUUCAGAAUGCGACCCGCCAACACAGUCUGACAGAAGCCAGCCAGAAAAGGAGUGCAAAGGGAAAGAAGAAGGCACAUCAGUGUCGCUACAGAAUUAUCGUGGCUUUUUCCGAGAACUGGACAUUGAGGUCUUCUCUGUUCUGCAUUGUGGCCUGGUGACUAAGGUCAUCUUAAAUACUGAAAUGUACACUGAGGCUACCGAAGUCAUGCAGCUGCAGCCACCCGAGCUACUUUUCUUGCUGGACGAUCUUUCCCAGAAACUGGAGCACAUGCUGACGCCUUCACUUAGCAAGAGGCUGCCCUUCCUCAAGGGUAAAGGAAGCCGGGGCAUGGGAUUCUCUCAUCUCCACUGGAGGUCUGCUGGAGAAAUCGCCCAGAGCAUCGUGCAGCUGCUGACCCCAAUGUGCAACCAUCUGGAGAAUAUUCACAACUACUUCCAGUGCUUAGCUGCUGAGAGUCACGGUGUGGAGGAUGGGCCGGCGACAAAAGAGCAGGAUUACCACGUGAUGGCUUCCUGCUAUCAGAAGAUACUGCAGAUUUUCCACAGGCUUUUUGCUUGGAGUGGGUUUUCUCAGUCUGAACAUCUUGAUCUACAACACUCGGCCCUCGAGAUCCUUGCUCACCGACUGAAGCCGCCAGAGCCAGAGCAGGCCCUGGAGCAGCUGCUCAGCCAGAGCUUUCAUUACAUACAGAACUUCCACCAGAGUGUGCCCAGCUUCCAGUGUGCUCUGCAUCUCAUCAGAAUCCUCAUGGUCUUGUCAGAGAAAUCUACAGCUCCUUCUCCAAACAGGAAAAAAAUCGCUGCCCUGGCCAGACAGUUCCUGUGCCGGAUGUGGCCAAGUGCGAGGAAGGAGAAGAGCGGCGUCUCUAAUGACCAGCUCCAUGCUCUGCUCUGCACCUACCUGGGCCACACAGACAGUGUCCUGAAAGCCAUUGAGGAGAUCGCUGGGACUGGGGUCCCCGAACUCAUCAACUUGUCCAAAGACGGUUCUUCCUCCACGUUCCCUACGCUGACCAGGAGCACUUUUGUCAUCUUCUUCCGUGUGAUGAUGGCUGAGCUCGAGAAGACGGUGAAAGGCCUGGCAGCCGGCACGGCGACAGACUCGCACAAGGUUCACGAAGAGAAGCUCCUCCACUGGAACAUGGCUGUUCGGGACUUCAGCAUCCUCAUCAACCUGAUCAAGGUGUUUGACAGCCAUCCUGUUCUGCACGUCUGUCUGAAGUAUGGCCGUCUCUUCGUGGAAGCCUUCCUGAAGCAGUGCAUGCCGCUCCUGGACUUCAGUUUCAGAAAACACCGGGAAGAUGUCCUGAGCUUACUUGAAACCUUCCAGUUGAGCACAAGACUGCUUCACCACCUGUGCGGGCACUCCAAGAUUCACCAGGACACAAAACUCACCAAGCACGUGCCUCUGCUCAAGAAGACGCUGGAGCUGCUAGUCUGCAGAGUGAAAGCCAUGCUCGUGUUCAACAACUGCAGGGAGGCGUUCUGGCUGGGCAACCUCAAAAACAGGGACCUGCAGGGUGAAGAGAUCAUAUCCCAGGAGACCACAGCAGAUGAGAGCGAGGAAGAGACGUCAUCCCAGGUCUCCAAGAGCAAGACGACAGAGGAUGGUGAAGAUGAUGAAGCGAGUGAUGGAGAAAGGGAGCAAGCCGGGGAUGACAGCGAGGAAGACUCUGACUAGAGCAUGGACGAGGCCAUCGGGCCCGGUGUCCAGACUCUUAUCUCACCCUCACCAGGGAGAUGCACACCCCCGCCUCCCCAGCCUGUCACCAUUUUGUCUUCAGGCUUAGAGAUCUGCUGUCCUCCUUCUGAGCUGGAAGCAGCCCCCUUAUCCUUUACAGAGGUUUGGCAGCUCAGCUGAGAGAGAGUUCUGGCCCAGGUGCCAGUGUGGCGACCCAGCACCGGAGGGGUGAGCCUGGCGGUGCCAUGCUGUAGAGUAGGCGGGGUUCUGGGCAUCGGGGCCAGUGGUGAAACUCUGUUCUGGAACUGAGACGUGUAGCAGUUCACAAAUAAAGGCUGUGUCUGAAUUCUG